GAGAAAAAGAAACUUCAGAAAUUCCACCGUGAUUUGAGUAGGCUUUUUGAAGCCAUUUUGUGAAUGAGAGGUAGAGAGAAAAUGUAAUCUACUUCAUAUUGUUACUACGUACGAAGACACAGGGCCUACGUGAUACGUCCUCCGCCCCGUGACGCGUCAGUGGUGAUUCUGGUGAAUGGUGAUGGAGGCGAAGUGGUCAGCCAGGAAGGAAAAUGGACACCAGGAACAAGGCAGCAGUGCCACCACUGAGAAAGAGGAGAAUGUGCCACUCUCUGUACCAAGGAACAAAUGCACUCACUCCUAUUCUGACCCUGCAUUAUGGCUGGAAGAAGAAGCACCCCAGAUGCUGCAAGACACUCAGUAUGACAUCACCUACCUUGAGAGGGAGCUGCACAAAAUGAAGCAAAAGAAAAGGGCCUACACACACUUUUACAAGGAAAAACCUCAUUCUCGCACACCCUUACCCUGCCCGGCACCUUACUUCAGUGCAAGAUAUCACCUGGAGGCCCUCAAGAAUCCCACUGCAAAUGAGAAGACCAGAGAGAAGGUGAUGGGGGCCUUUCAUGCAUGGUACAAGGGUCAGCUGGAUGCCAUGAUGCACUAUAUUAAUCGCAUACAAACUGAUCUGGACAAUUUGGCUUCAAGAGACCUGGUUGGCAUGGAGAUGAGAACUGUCAGGUCUACAACAAAGCUCAUCAACCACUUCUACACCUUUCAAGUCAACCAGUCCAAGCUCCCACUUAAUCCCCGCUACCUGUUCCUCAAGUAUGCAUGCUGCCUACUAUCCAGAGUCCAUACACAGGUGAUGCACACAGUGCUUGAGAAAAUGUAUGGCCUUGAGAAAGCAAGUCAUUUUAUACAUAAUGAAAGGGAAGGCAAGAGGAGGGCUGCACUUAGAGAGACAUAUAAAUUGUCACAGUGUCUAGAGGAAAUCCUCCGUGAUGCCAGGCAGGCUCUACCACAGGGCAUCCGCACAACCCUGCUCUUGGUGUACGUAGAACUAAAGGUACAGAAGCUCCUCUCUUUACUGGAGGAGGCAGUCACCACCAUGGAGGACUCCCAGGAAAUCUUUGACAUCCUAUCAUGGACAGAAGAUGUGUCCUGGGGAGUUACUACCAAAGGAAACUACUCUCAUAAGAUAUUAAACUUGCUUGUAAAGGACAUUGAGACAGAAGAUGCUGCUUUUACUGGUAAUGGUGAUAAUAAUGGGGCCACUGCUGGUGAUGAUAGUGCUAAUGGAGGGCUCUUCCAGCAAGAUUCUUUCUCUGAGGAGUGUGAAGAGGAGAACGAGAGAGAGCUGGAAGAAGUAUUGAAAGACAUGCUGUUGUCUGGGUGUGAAUCUUUGCAGGUGCCUAGUGUUGUCCAGUAUUCAGUAGGGGAAGAUGAAGGAGCAGAAGAAGAGGAGGAGGGAAAUGAAAUUGAUGUCUUGGAAAAGAGGAAAGAAGAAGAAAGAGAAAUAGGAAAAGAAGAAAAGGAAGUAGAGAAAGUAGAUGACAAUAAAGAAGAAAAAAGAGAGGGAGAAGAAAUACAAGAAAAAAAAGUAGGAAAAGUUAAUGAAGAAGAAGUAGAAGGUGAAGAAUUAGAAGCAAAUUAAGAGACAGAAAAGGGAGAAGUAAAAGAAAGAAAUGAAUAAAAUGUGAAACAAAAAGAUGAAGAAAAUAAUGAAGAAGGAUGAACAAGGAUAUGAUCUUGCUAACAAAGAGCAGGAUCACUUUUCUUCCCUACCACCAUUGUCACUAAAAGACAUGGUAAUCUAUCCUGCUACUUACCAAGGACAUCACCACCACACUUGUACUACCACCACAUCAUCACCACCAAAAUCAGGCCAGACAAAACAUAGGGAUAGAACAGAAGACACAGACCACAACCUGCAUCACAUUCAUAAUUCACCACCACUAUCACCCACAUCACUUGCCUCUGAGGACAUGCUAACACCUUCACCACCAGCAGCCUUGUCUCCAAAGCACCCCAGAAAGCUUGCAUCACGGACCAGCUUCUGCCACAUGUGUUACUACCACAGGAAACAUCAUUCUUCCAGGCUGCCCAUUUACUUCCCCCACCGUGUGAGCCCUCAAGGAUACCAUGUUGGGUACACAAAUGACGCCAUGUAGAAUAAGUACUAUACCCUUACAAUAACUGAUAUGGAAGAUCCUUUUAGAUUAUUGCUUAGGAUGUCUCUAGUAGGAUUUCUAAUGAGUGCAGGAUAUGCCUUUAGUAUGAUGACCAAGACACCAUAUAGGACACUUCACUGGAUGUUAUAAGGAUCCAGCACAUCACAGGAUAUAUCACAAUAUAGUCAUACAGUAGUUUUGGGAUCCUUCAUAGGAUGUAGCUAACUAGAAUAACUAAGACAAUGUGAUUUCUAACUUGCUUGUAACUCUGAAUCGAAGGAAAUUAUUAGUUUAUGAGGAAUAGACGAUUAUACCUUUUUGUUACUUGGGGUUGGCCUGUAUUGAAGAAAGUGCAUUUUUUUUCUUUGUACUACUAUGAUUUGUGAAUUAAACCAGCAUUGUGAAUCUA